UAGAAUUAAAAAAAAAAAAACGCAAAUCAGUGACGUCAGUCUUAGCAACGUCAGAAAACCAGGACGGCGUCGCCACCCCUCACCGGAUUCCGCCUCGAUCACUGCUGAAGGAAUUUCUAUGGGUUUGAGCAAAACAGAGAUCAAUUUGAGGAGGUUACUGGCAGCUGCCCCACAGCAACAGAAUCAGGCAAAGCUCAUACAUUAUGUUGCCACGUUACGAGAGCAACUGGAGCAAUUGGCUGAAGAGAAGACUAACGAAGGAUUACCAAGGAUUUCAAAAGCUAGGCUGAAUGAGUAUUCUGACCAAAUUGAAGUUAUUGCUGCCAGAUUAGCUACCCCUGAGGUGGAGUCUAUAGUGGAAGUAACCGAGGACCAUUCUCUUGGAACUUCUGUCACUGAUGCAGCUAAAGCCAGGGAAAGUGUUCAAUCCCCAAGAGGAUUAAGGAGGAGAUUUGGGCCCCAGUCUAUUACUGAAGAUGGGUCUCAUGAUACUGUAGAAUCCGAGCAAUCAACGCCAGUUAAAUUGGAUGCUUCUGCACAAACACAUAUUCAGAAACACAGGAAGCUUCAAGAGGAUUUAACUGAUGAAAUGGUUCACUUGGCACGGCAACUCAAAGAAAGUAGUCUGUUGAUGAAUCAAUCUGUCAAAAACACUGAGAAACUACUUGAUUCGACAGAGAGAGCAGUUGAACAUAGUUUAGCCAGCACAGGGCAUGCUAAUACUCGGGCCGCGGGCGUGUUUUCCCAGAGUUCCAAGACCUCGUGUUUCACAUGGCUCCUGAUGUUUGUCAUGACUCUUAUCUUCGUAAUGGUCGUGCUGCUUAUCCGCGUUACCUAGUGCAGGUGUUGAACGAGCUAUUGAUAUAAGCUAUGUUUUGCUCUUGGGGUUUAUAGAUUAAUAAAUGAGUCUCCAGUGUUCAAUCGGUCAUGAUGCGUUUGUUUUACUCUGAAGCUGUGACGGUUUACUGGUUUUGUACAAUGCACACUACAGGUUAGUUAGAAAUUGGCAUUGCAUUUACCAUAAAUAUCAUGUAUAAAAUGUUACUCUCCUUUUAGAAACAGCAUUCAUUUUUAAUACAGGGCCGAAAGAUUUCUUAA